AUGCAGAAACAGGGUUCCACGAUUCAGGGCUUGACAACAUCAGUUGGACGAGUGAGUCCGGCGAAACCGGGCCAACAACCGUUUCGUGUUCCUUCUGAGUAUUUCCCACCUCACACAGUGGCAAAAGGUAUGCUGUACAUAAUCUGGCAUUAUAUUACGUUUUCGCAUGGGACCGCACCAGCCCCUGGUCAAGUUACUACCUAUCGUCGACCGCAGGGGAUUGCCCCAGCCACUGGUCAAGUUACUACCUAUCGUCGACCGCAGGGGACUGCCCCAGCCCCUGGUCAAGUUACUACCUACCAUCGACCGCAGGGGAUUGCCCCAGCCACUGGUCAAGUUACUACCUAUCGUCGACCGCAGGGGACUGCCCCAGCCCCUGGUCAAGUUACUAUCUACCGUCGACCGCAGGGGACUGCCCCAGCCACUUGUCUAGUUACUACCUACCGUCGACCGCAGGGGACUGCCCCAGCCCCUGGUCUAGUUACUACCUACCGUCGACCGCAGGGGACUGCCCCAGCCACUGGUCUAGUUACUACCUACCGUCGACCGCAGGGGACUGCCCCAGCCCCUGGUCAAGUUACUACCUACCGUCGACCGCAGGGGACUGCCCCAGCCACUGGUCAUGUUACUACCUACCGUCAACCGCAGGGGACUGCCCCAGCCCCUGGUCAAGUUACUAUCUACCGUCGACCGCAGGGGACUGCCCCAGCCACUUGUCUAGUUACUACCUACCGUCGACCGCAGGGGACUGCCCCAGCCCCUGGUCUAGUUACUACCUACCGUCGACCGCAGGGGACUGCCCCAGCCACUGGUCUAGUUACUACCUACCGUCGACCGCAGGGGACUGCCCCAGCCCCUGGUCAAGUUACUACCUACCGUCGACCGCAGGGGACUGCCCCAGCCACUGGUCAAGUUACUACCUACCGUCAACCGCAGGGGACUGCCCCAGCGACUGGUCAAGUUACUACCUACCGUCGACCGUAG